AUGAUAAUCGAUAUUAAGAGGAAGAAUAGUAAUGCCAAGACCACGGCAUCAAUUGCUUCGCAUCAGUUUGGCACAGUGCCAGCUGGAAACACUGCAUCAACAUCGACAUCGACAUUGUCUGUUGUGAAGGGUCCAGCAUCAGGAUUGAGGAUAAGCAGCAACACAAUCAAGAAUGAUCCAUUCUACUCAUUCGAUCCAAAGAAUGCCAUUGCAUCAAGGAGUGAUCUGGCCACAUUGGACAACCUUACCAGACCAUUCAUGAAGAUAGGUACUUCGCAUCCCCUAAGGCUACCAAUGCCAAAACAAACUAAAGCGACAACAUUGGUGGCCACCUCUCUUUCUCCCAUUCCUCAUGCUACUACUUCUGGUGCAUCAUCAAAGGCGACCACUACCACUACCACGACCACGACCACAACAUCGUCCACGACAUCUUCCACAGACUUUGAUUUCGCAAUGCCAUCACCUUCAUUGGACGAUGAUGACUACAGUGUAUUUGAUGAGUCCUUCCAUUUGUCACCCUCUGGUGUCACUGCUGUGGAUGAAGUGGAGGCUGAGAGCAGUACACUCAAAAGGAAGUUGUCAGACUUUAGCAGCUUAAACAUCAAGUUCAACACUCAAGCACAGUCUUCAAGCUCACUCGAGAGUCUGGCAUUAUCUGGACAAGCACUACCAGAGAGAGACAUCAAGAAGAUCAAGACCAAUCAUCAUCAUAACGACAAGGACUUGUUGUCAAGCAUCACCCAUAACAACAACAACAACAACGUCAUCAAAGACUGCUCAUUCCAUCACCUACCUAUUGAGUAUCUUUGUAUGAAGUGUAACUUGCCCGUGUGCAAGAUGUGUACGCAGUCAUCAACACACGAUCACCACAGUGUCAGUGCCUCAAAAGACAUUGUGAGGAUCACUGUAACAAGUAACGACUCUGUUCAACAAGAGGCAUCAGUCAUGCUCAGCAGCUUUGGACCCGUCUGCUCACUCCAAUACCGUGGUGGAACACUCAAUCUCACAUGGAAGAAGAAUGAUCCAUUCGAAUGA